UACUAAGAUAAUCUGUUGUAUUGUUGGUUUCAGUGUAUUGAAUGAAGUAACAAGCCUCCACGCUUCAGGAUCCAUGUCACGUAUAUCGUUGGUUGGUAUAAACAGGACGUAUCAGCUUAACGAAACGGUCAAGGUGAACAUUGUUCUAUUCGAUCACGGGAAGAGACCAAAAACAUGUGGUGGUGAUAUGUUAGUCGUGUGGAUGAAAGAUCCGCAACAUGGCGCUGCUUCCGCCGGAAGUGUUAUCGACAAUGGAAAUGGAACGUAUACUGGAGUUCUGCGCACCUUGUGGACAGGAAGAGCCAUAAUUCGGGCUGCCAUGAUUUCAUCAAGAGAAAGAAUGGCGCAUUUGAAUUUUUCAUUCCAGAAUGGAUAUUUUGGGAAACAAAUUCAAUGUAUAUUCAGAUCAAAUACUUCAACUGAGAUUACAAGCGGUCACAUGGAAAUGAAAUACAUGAAAAUACGCCCCUUUUGUAAUCUGACUGCCGACUAUUUCGGCAUCCCAUUCUAUUGUGGGAAGCCAAAGACAAAGGGGAUUGGGUGCCGAGACUGGACUGAAACUUCUUUACCUCACAACUAUAUGACCUUUGGGGCCGACACGAGAUGGUUUGCAGCAUGGAGAUCCACAGAGUAUCUCUCGGACUUUACCACAAUAAAUAUAUCGUCCAAACGGCACGCAGAUAAAGACCUUGCCGUGUCUCCCACAAUCCCUUGUGGCCGAAGGAACAUCCGGGACACCUGGUUGGCAACGCCACCUGUCGGUUUCUCCUACAACAACACGUGGCGCCCUCUAUCAUGUCGGAACAGCGUCCCUGUUGACACGUAUAAUCAAUGUUUGGCCAAUAGGACUCUGAAGUUGUUUGGCGAUUCCACCGUCAGACAAAUAUUUGGAGCCCUUUAUUCGAUGUUAGGUUUCACCAUUACAAAAGGUCCCCCGGAGGGCAAGAAGAGCAAGAAACGAAACUUUUACGCAGGGCCAACAAUAUGCGAGGCGCACCACACCAAAUAUAACUAUACAGUAUACCUGUUGCCCCAUGGGUUCCCACUGUGGUUUUACAAAGCUAAUAGAACAAUCACCCAGCCAGUGUUUGCUCGCUUGGAUGACAUACCAUCUGGAUCAAAUGAUAUCAUUCUUAUUAAUCUUUAUGCUCAUUUCCAUUUUACCCCAAUCCACAUCUACAGAGCUCGUGUCCACAGAACAAGACUUGCAAUAGUAAACCUUCUGAAACGUUCUCCUGAUGUCAAAAUUGUCAUCAAAGGUCCACAUAAAUAUUCUGUACCUACACCAAAAACACCUAUGGGUGGUAUGUGGGGACCCGCUUAUGAAAAUAUCCUGAAAAAGGAGUUUGUAAAUCUGUAUGACCAGGUGCUGUAUCUUGACGUCUGGGACAUGACAGUUGCGUUUGAGAAUGAAGAAACUCACCCUCCUGAUCUCCUCGUUACUAUGAUGGUCAAAGUGUUCUUAGGUUAUAUCUGCGGGAAAUAAGGAUGUGUUUGAAAUAGUACCUCUUUUCAUGAAAAACAACAACACCAGAAACAACACAGUACACAACAUAAUUCGUGUCCUUCGUGUCCAAUAAACAGAUCAAUGGUCUCUCAUUUCUAGUAAAUGCAAUGUAUAUAAUAUUCUACACUGACGAUUAUAAGAAACGUUACCAUAUAAAAAUAGUUUGGGCAA